UGAAAUUGGAAUAACAUGUUACAUCCUAUUAACAUGUAACGCAUACAUAUUUAUAUAUAUAUAUAUAUAGAGAUAUACGCCAUGCAUUUUCCCUCCCCUGCGCUGCAAUCCCUUACUUCCGUGCUCUCCGCUUUUAGGUCAUCCCAACCAAUGGCUCCGGCUACCACUCCGCGAUAUUAUGCGUCCUCGGACCAAGAAGAAGACGACAUCAUGAUGAGCCCUGAACAAAGAGAGACGUACUGCAAGAUGGUUCGGGAAAGCGGGGGAUUCGAGGUCCCUGACUUUGCACCAGCGGUGGAUCUUGGUCAGAUAGUACCGAUUAAAAACACGAGAGGCCUCAUGAAGGAUUUGAGGUUUUGCUGUCAGCUGGCGAUCGAGCAUUAUAAACAGGAGGAGGUCUGCUUCCCCCCCUCUCCCCUUGAGACAUUCAUCAUAACAUCUGGGCGAAAAAUUUCCCACUGUCACGUGUUUGGUAAAGAAAUCAAAUUUGUGAAAAUAUUGAAGGCAAACGGGCAGAUUUGUGGUCCAAUAAAUUACUACAUCACCUUCGAGGCGAAGGAUCUUAGUGGCAAAGUCGACGUGUAUCAAGCUCUGGUUCACCUCCGAUGCAAAAGAGAAAAAUCGAAAGUGGGCAUCAUGCGGCUCAGACCCGAAACGGGAAAUCCAACUGUCACGGGGUCAUCAUCUUGCAGCACCCCCUGUGCUGCCUUGGAAGAGAAACCGCAGGUAGAUCAUCAUGCGGCUCGAACCCGGUAUGGGAAACGCAAGGCUUAGGGAAGCAUCAUCUCUCAGCAGCCCAUCUCAUGUGCUGCUCCGAGAGAGAAACCGCAGGUGGAUCACCAUGCAUCUCGAACCCGAUACGGGAAACGCAAGGCUCUGGGAAGCAUCAUCUUGCAGCAGCCCAUGUCGUGUGCUGCUCCGAGAGAGAAACCCCAGGUGGAUCAUCAUGCGGCUCAAACCCGAUACAGGAAAAAGUUCAAGGGUCAGGGAUAGGGAAGCAUCGCCUUGCAGCAGCACGACUCGUGGUGCUGCUCCGGAGGCCGGGACUAGCGGUUAACUGAGGGUUGUAAUUUGCAGUAGUACUUAAAAGGUGGUUUUCAAGUACUGGUUAUGGAGAGGGGCUUUUGAUCAUGGUGUUAUUAGUGGUAGAAGGCGUUUAGUUUGCAUGAACGAAACUCUACGUUAGGGAAGGGAAGGGAAGAGACUAAUAUCAUGUCUGUCUUAAUUAAGAAAUCAUCUUUUCAGUUUCUACGUGAUUCUGGGGCAAAUUAAUAUUGAUGUUGUUUCUCUUUC